AUGUCCCAUAAUGCCAACGACGCAAGCGAGCCAUUGGAGUACGACUGGACUGCUGGUCUUGAAGCCAGAAUUUUCGCUAUAUAUGUGUCAUUCAAAGAUGAUACUCGUUUCCAGAGAUACCUUGAUAAAUUUGAGAUUGCGAAAGAGAAGAAAGGAGCACCUUUAGAGAAUGAGGAAAUGAAAGCGAUCAGCCAGAAGUCGAAGGAUGAUCUCGAACAUGAGCUUGGAGUUGAGUGCAUCUGUCAGGACUGUUGGGCAAGACUUCAAAUGAAAAUGGCAGUAGACAAGGGAUCCAAGAACGCGGAAGUCAGAGAGACGAAAAAUGAAAAUAAGGAGGCCAUCUAG